UAAAUUUCAUCUACCAAAUACAUUACAAGAAAGGAUACAAACCGGUCAAUAUCCACGUGCUAGUCAAAAAAGUCGAAAACUAUAAGCUUAAAUCUACUCGUUUCGUAUCAUGUGUAAUCCGGUGCGUGUUGUGAAGCGUUGGCCGAUGGUGGAUUAAAGAAAACUUUGUUCUGUUAAUCGCAAUUGUGUGAUGUUUAAGUUGGCCAUAACUUACAGUCGCAUUAUGCGUGUGUCGUGUAAAGCUCGAAAUAUUCGGAGCGAAUUAUUGAAUUAUCAGCAUCAGCAAACGUAUAGAUUGCCGUUGCUCAGAAUGGGAAUGUGAGGGAAGCAGAGGAACUAAACCACAACAACCACGUUUCUGUGGAAGCCUUUCAACUGCACUAAUUCCAGAACCACUAUUUUCAAUGUGACGCAAACUGUACUGUGUAGUGUAGAGAAGUGCAUAAAAAAACAUGGAGUAUGUAGUAAAAGGUGUUUAAGAAGCUUCUGAACAGUUUUAUUUUUUUUACAAUUUGCCGAUCAUUUUUAAACCCACAAAAAAGUCGCCUUCUGACCACGCGUGUAAAGCUGGUGUUGUUAUGCGGUAGAACGAUGGUGAUCUUCGAUGUGCACGUUGCAACGUGCCUGCUAAUGCUGCAUGUGCAGUCGAGUGCAGUCGGUAUGUAGCCAACGUGCAUCGAAUGUGGCUCUAGGAGCAGAAUCGUCGAAAAACCCAUCCUGUUGGUCGUGUAGUACGCGCGUUGGAACUUCAUUAGUGUUUCUCAGUGUGACCAGGAUAGAUCGGAAACAAGGCUGAAUAGCUUAUACACCGUACACUUCCAGUUUUUUUUUCUGUCAGUAUAAUAAACAGACAAUAUUAUUCAAAAAAAAAGAAAAAAAGUUUUGUUCAGCACAUCAACCUACCUAACCCAGUGGUGCUUUCCAAAAGACGUUUUCUAGACGUAAAAAAAAAACUAUAAGUAUUUGAAGGUGUUAAAAAAGUGGAAAACAAAUAUUUCCCCCUCCCUCGAAAAGGGGUUAAAAAAAGUCAACACAAAACAAAGAUCGUAUAGUAUGAAUAAAUCCUCCAUUGGAAUAAUUAACGUAGAGGAUCGUAACGAAAACAACGUACUGCUUGAUCAACUGUACAAAUUCAAGCUGGAACCAAGUAAUGUAUCCGAGACAUCGCAAACAGGACCACAAAUCAUUCUUACAGACUUUACCGGUAACACCGUGGGUGGUGAUAUGAAAGCGGGCGUACAGUACGCCCCGAACCGUUUGUCCGAUGCACAGGCUGAGACAAACAAUAACGAACAAACAAACACGCAAUGCAGUUCCAGUGCGGUGCCGUGUGAAAGAAAUGUGAGAAACAAUAAUAGUGAGAGUAAUAAUUUUCUUAAAAUUCCUGACUUAAUGUUCGACGAAAGUAGUGCGUACGGUUCUGUAACGCGCGAUUGCUACCGUAGUGAGGCGCGACCACCGUGAUUGUUCCGUGGCUUCCGGCAAUAUACAACACAACAACAUCAACAAAAAAACAUGUCCUGCCCUGUUAGUGGCGUUAGUAAACUCGAGCAUUUCUGACGGCUGAUAUUUUGCUUUGGACGGGUGUGUGUGUGUUUGUGCGUUUUUGUGGUGGUCGAUGUGUGAUAGUACAUUGUGCGUUUAGUACACCAUUCGCUCAGGAGAUCGGUAUAGCAUGGUUUCAAUUAUGGAUGUAGAAUCGGAUAGACAGGUCUGUGAUAAUCGUGUAAUAGUAUCGCAAAGUGCGGUUAGCCAAAAAUCGAUUGAUCUAGAUAUCUCGCUCAGGCCAAUCAUCUCAUCGACAGCAGAUCGCGAUACGGGUAGCUUGGAGUUGAUCGUACCGGUGGCACCCGGUACGGUGGCGAACGUGCCAGAAACACUGCAGGAACCCUGCACGUCCGCCGGUUCGUACAGCCACGAUGCGACCGAUACGGAUCUGGUGAAGAGAAGCAUGAAGUUAAAUUUAGUAGAUACAGCUAAUAUACGCGACAUUGCCCUACCGGCUGAUUUGAUCAACGCAGCAUCAACCAGUACCGGUGCUGGUGCUACUAGUGCGGGCACUGUUGUUACCACUACUGCAGCUAUCAUCAUGAAACAUCGCAAACUGAAGGAACGAACGUUUAGCGAUGAAAUUGGCUCCCCCAAAUCACCUGCCGCAACAGUAGAAGUAGUCGACGACCGUAAGGCACUAAGAGAUGCACUGUACCAAGGAAUCUUUCAUCGACAUCGUCGAACCAUCUUCGCGGUAGGAAGCUUUCUGCGUAUGCUGAAAAGUCGAAAUUCAUCAUACAACACGAUACGCAGCUCGUCGGAGGGUGAAGACGAUACGAAAUAACGUGCGCAUAAUGUCACCAGAAAACGCGAAAAACAUAAGAUUUUUCCACAAUUGCCUAAACAUGAGUAUUGUUUUGAACGACAUCCAAAUCGGUUAUCAUUUGUUUUUAGUUUUAUAAAUUAUAUGUAGCUUAAAUCCCAAAAUAAAGGUGCAUGUUAAUCCCACCGAAAUCAAGACCUAUUACCAAUACGUUCCAUCGCCGCUCCCCGACAUUAACCAUUUGUUUUGUUUUCUCUACACUGUUUGAUUGGAAAACAAUCUGCCUUAGGAUUAAUGCAAAAAAAACCCGGACAGUAAAGUAGUAUUUUUUACAUAAUAUCUUACAGAUCUGAAAAGUGUGUAGCUUAGAGGAAACGAAGCAAAGAAAAAAAAAUACUCGGUAAAUAGGAUUGGAUCUUUUUUUUUGUUAGUUUGUAAGCAUGUAAGAUGUGUUGGUUUAAUGUGCUACGAAUGACAGUAUAAAAGUGCAAUCGACAUUCAGCUGAAGUUACAAUGCGAAUAAAAUGACCAAUUUGUACGACAGUGAUAUAUUAUAGUAGAUCAACAGGGACGACAAAGGUUUGUCAAACUAUAGCUUUUUUCCGUAUCCCGUGCAUUCCCGUGAUGCUAAAAACCAAUUGAGUAGAUAAUACGUUAUUAACAAACCAACACAAACCUUCCUCGUAGAAGAGCUUACGCAUAUGCAAAAAGGUAUGGGUUCGGCGUUUGAUUCUUGUUGGUUUGAACAAUCUAACCGUCUGUAAUCAAAUGCUAUCAUCCAGUUAUAAGUCUGUUACGUACAUACUAAGUGAUAAAUAUGCAGUUUUUAACUGAAAUUCAAAUAAAAACCAGCUCAUGUUUGUUUACUUCAAUAAUUUUAAUCGUUCUAGUGCGAUGGAUUUUUUUUACAAAGUAUGUUAUAACAUAUAAUCAAGUAUCUAAUAGCAGUAGAAAAUAUUCUAUUUUAAGUAAAGAAAGUUUAUAAUUAUACACCUUUGCUUCCGGUAACACAUUAUGUUUUCUUUUGUUAGCGAUCGCAAUGAGCAAAGAUCGGACGUGCUCGAGCAAAGUUCUAACGAUUUUUAUUUUUGUUUUUGUUUUUUUUUAUUACGUCUUCUUAUACGAAUCACAUAUUUACAGCAAGACGGCAACACAUAAUCUUCGAUGUGUUUUCAAUUAUUUUAGAUAUUUAUCUCCAACCCACUGUUGACUGCAGUGAAACGAAUGGUUUAAAGAAACACUCUAGGCAAUAUUUCCAAGUGCAGUGUAUGGUACCAUUGAGAACAAGAUGUCGACAUCAUGUUUGAACACGGAUUUCAAAUGAAUAUGAAGAUUUAUCAAAACAAUAUUAACUGCCAAUUGAAACAAUCAAGUUGUAGUGAGCAAAGUUAACAAGUGUAUGCGAAAAAAAAAAUAUCAAGCACAUUGAUAACAAUAGCUGGCAAAGCAGAUUAUUUGCAAACGGAUGUAAUAAUUAAAGCUUUUGUGUUACCACAAGAAAUGAGUCAAGUGUGAGCAUUAGAGUAGCGAUAGUGCUUGCAGCAUUAGUUUCAAUCGAGGGAAGAAAAGAAGCAAAACUUUCAAAGUGUAUUGAUAUUGCAAACAAACAAACAAAAAAAAAGAAACACGAAACUGAACUAGAUCCCGCCUGUUAGAAUUGAACAAAAACCAACAACAAAAAAAAAGGUGUUGACCGUCUGAAGUGAUUCGCAGACAAAUCUGAUUAAACUAAUAACUUAAUAUGAUAACGAAAUGUAGCCACUGUUAUAGCCACAUACAGUUUAAACAAAACCGAUACGACAAUUGCGAAUACUUUGGUGAAUGUUGCCGUUUUAUACACACACACACAUGCAUAACUAUAAUGUGAGCCGAGAGACAUCAGGCGCUUUAAAAAGAAAGUAAACCAACAAAAAAAAAAAAGAUGAAAAUUAAACGUAACCAAAUUAAAAUAGCUAAAUUAGUUUUUAAAUAAAUGCUAACCGUGACGUGAGUGUUAAUAUUGUGCAGUAAAAGAUUGUUUUUUCUUUUGUUGAAAAAAAAAUAACAUCAUUAGAAUAACCGAGACGGCCAACGGAGUGUCACAGUUUUAAAUCCCCAAAAAGGACAUACCAAAAAAACAAAAAGUAAAUAAAAGCUGGCGUCAUAUCUAAGAUUCGAUCAGUAUCGCUGAAAUUGUGUUAAAACAAACCAACAACAAACUGAUUGUAUAUACAUGUGGUUAAAAGCAGAAACAAUGAAAGAAGUUAGUAAAACAAACCAACGCGAACAACAUAUACUGUAAUACACCAGAAGCAGCAGCUAGCACGUGUGCGAAUUAGAUUUGGGAAUAAAGACACUAAAUUGUGUUACUA